AUGGCUCCGACGCGGGUUUUAAUCAGAGACGAAGAGCUUGGAGCGAUAUCGGACUACGACGACUCUCUGUCGGGAAAGCGAUCUAAGGAUAUUCGUUCUUCGACUGUUAUCGACACUUUGAUUGAGCAGGGGAUGAAUGGAACUUCUGUGGCAGAGAUAUUUGUGCAUCACCGAGAUAGUUUCUUUAGAGGAAAGGAGACUGAUGCACUAAAUAAGCUCUCCUUGAUGAAGUAUAUGCAUAAAGGAAUCAGUAUUUGGCUGGAUGUGCCUCUAGAAGCCUUAGCUCAUAAAAUCGCUGCUGUUGGAACUAAUUCAAGACCAUUGUUACACGAUGAUUCAGGAGAUGCUUGCACUGUGGCUUUCAAGCAUCUUUUGAGUAUUUGGGAUGAGCGUGGUGAAGCAUACACAAACGCAAAUGCCAGAGUCUCCUUAGAAAAUAUUGCAGCCAAGUGUGGCUAUAAAGAUGUUUCAGAUCUCACACCAACUGAAAUCGGCAUUGGGGCUUUUGAGCAAGUUCAGAGCUUUCUAGACAAAGAAGAAACUAUGGAGAUCCCCGAGCAGAAGGAAGCCGUGAAAGGAAGGACCGGGUUCAUUGGAGAUGAAGUUAGUCUCACUUUCUUUCUCCUUUGCUUUUUGUGA